AUGGCAGUGACAUUACAGGGUGUAAAGACGUGUGUACAAAUAGGUCCCAAUGGUUGUACGUUAAGCCAAACUUCGACCACAGGACAUACAAGCUCUACUGUCUACUCUACCACGAGCAUUGCAGUCACAGACGACACAACCACCUCGAGCGAAACUACCAGCUUGAGCACUGAAUCCACCACCCUCACGAGUACCGACCAGGGCAGCUCGGAUACGACCGCUGCGACCACGCCCUCUAUCAUUUGUCCGGAUGAGCCAGAAGUUACAUUUAUUGUGCCGCAUCCAGAACUUUGUAACUCGUUCUAUGUUUGCAUAGACGGAGUGUCCACUCAAGAGUUCUGCCCAGAUGGCUAUGAGUAUGACUUCGACCGAUGGAGUUGUGUACGAAUUGCUCCUGGAGGCUGCACUUAUGGUCAAACGACAAUUCCUAUAGGGACGUCAGACAUUACACAACCAGACUCUACCACUGCUACUACCGACGACGCGAGCGCCACGACUGAGUCUAUACUAACGACGACUCCAUCCAUCUGUCCGCCGGGCACUUUCGGCAAUGUCCCCCAUCCGGAACUGUGCAACUCGUACUACCUCUGCACUGGGGGUAUUCCGAUACAAGUGUUUUGUCCGGAUGGACAAGAAUUUGAUCCUGAGUUAAGGGUGUGCGUAGAAAUCGGUCCUGGUGGGUGUACACUCAGUCAGACAACAACUACUGAGCAACCCGACUCUACAGAUUACUCGACCCCUGGCGAUACAGAUCCCACCACUCGCACCACAGAGGAACUCCAAACAUCCACACAGACGAGGACAACUGGAGACGAUGUGUCAACGACCUCACCGGAUGACGUCGUCACCGAGGAGACGACGAUAGGCACUACUGAUGUAGAUCCAAUAGAAAGUACCACCAGCAGCGGCCCUACUUACACAACUAGUGACACUACUAUCACCGACGUACCAACGACGAGUCCACAGCCCACCGCUACUACCGACGACGCGAGCGCCACGACCGAGUCUAUACUAACGACGACUCCAUCCAUCUGUCCGCCGGGCACUUUCGGCAAUGUCCCCCAUCCGGAACUGUGCAACUCGUACUACCUGUGCACGGGGGGUAUUCCGAUACAAGUGUUUUGUCCGGAUGGACAAGAAUUUGAUCCUGAAUUAAGGGUGUGCGUAGAAAUCGGUCCUGGUGGGUGUACACUCAGUCAGACAACAACUACUGAGCAACCCGACUCUACAGAUUACUCGACCCCUGGCGAUACAGAUCCCACCACUCGCACCACAGAGGAACUCCAAACAUCCACACAGACGAGGACAACUGGAGACGAUGUGUCAACGACCUCAACGGAUGACGUCGUCACCGAGGAGACAACGGCAGGCACUACUGAUGUAGAUCUAAUAGAAAGUACCACCAGCAGCGGCCCUACGUAUACAACUAGUGACACUGCUAUCACCGACGUACCAACGACGAGUCCACAGCCCACCGCUACUACCGACGACGCGAGCGCCACGACCGAGUCUAUACUAACGACGACUCCAUCCAUCUGUCCGCCGGGCACUUUCGGCAAUGUCCCCCAUCCGGAACUGUGCAACUCGUACUACCUGUGCACGGGGGGUAUUCCGAUACAAGUGUUUUGUCCGGAUGGACAAGAAUUUGAUCCUGAAUUAAGGGUGUGCGUAGAAAUCGGUCCUGGUGGGUGUACACUCAGUCAGACAACAACUACUGAGCAACCCGACUCUACAGAUUACUCGACCCCUGGCGAUACAGAUCCCACCACUCGCACCACAGAGGAACUCCAAACAUCCACACAGACGAGGACAACUGGAGACGAUGUGUCAACGACCUCAACGGAUGACGUCGUCACCGAGGAGACAACGGCAGGCACUACUGAUGUAGAUCUAAUAGAAAGUACCACCAGCAGCGGCCCUACGUAUACAACUAGUGACACUGCUAUCACCGACGUACCAACGACGAGUCCACAGCCCACCGCUACUACCGACGACGCGAGCGCCACGACCGAGUCUAUACUAACGACGACUCCAUCCAUCUGUCCGCCGGGCACUUUCGGCAAUGUCCCCCAUCCGGAACUGUGCAACUCGUACUACCUGUGCACGGGGGGUAUUCCGAUACAAGUGUUUUGUCCGGAUGGACAAGAAUUUGAUCCUGAGUUAAGGACGUGUGUACAAAUAGGUCCCAAUGGUUGUACGUUAAGCCAAACUUCGACCACAGGACAUACGAGCUCUACUAUCUACUCUACCACGAGCAUUGCAGUCACAGACCACACAACCACCUCGAGCGAAACUCCCAGCUCGAGCACUGAAUCCACCACCCUUACGAGUACCGACCAGGGCAGCUCGGAGACGACCGCUGCGACCACGCCCUCUAUCAUUUGUCCGGAUGAGCCAGAAGUUACAUUUAUUGUACCGCAUCCAGAACUUUGUAACUCGUUCUAUGUUUGCAUAGACGGAGUGUCCACUCAAGAGUUCUGCCCAGAUGGCUAUGAGUAUGACUUCGACCGAUGGAGUUGUGUACGAAUUGCUCCUGGAGGCUGCACUUAUGGUCAAACGACAAUUCCUAUAGGGACGUCAGACAUUACACAACCAGACUCUACCACUGCUACUACCGACGACGCGAGCGCCACGACCGAGUCUAUACUAACGACGACUCCGUCCAUCUGUCCGCCGGGCACUUUCGGCAAUGUCCCCCAUCCGGAACUGUGCAACUCGUACUACCUGUGCACGGGGGGUAUUCCGAUACAAGUGUUUUGUCCGGAUGGACAAGAAUUUGAUCCUGAGUUAAGGACGUGUGUACAAAUAGGUCCCAAUGGUUGUACGUUAAGCCAAACUUCGACCACAGGACAUACAAGCUCUACUGUCUACUCUACCACGAGCAUUGCAGUCACAGACGACACAACCACCUCGAGCGAAACUACCAGCUUGAGCACUGAAUCCACCACCCUCACGAGUACCGACCAGGGCAGCUCGGAUACGACCGCUGCGACCACGCCCUCUAUCAUUUGUCCGGAUGAGCCAGAAGUUACAUUUAUUGUGCCGCAUCCAGAACUUUGUAACUCGUUCUAUGUUUGCAUAGACGGAGUGUCCACUCAAGAGUUCUGCCCAGAUGGCUAUGAGUAUGACUUCGACCGAUGGAGUUGUGUACGAAUUGCUCCUGGAGGCUGCACUUAUGGUCAAACGACAAUUCCUAUAGGGACGUCAGACAUUACACAACCAGACUCUACCACUGCUACUACCGACGACGCGAGCGCCACGACCGAGUCUAUACUAACGACGACUCCGUCCAUCUGUCCGCCGGGCACUUUCGGCAAUGUCCCCCAUCCGGAACUGUGCAACUCGUACUACCUGUGCACGGGGGGUAUUCCGAUACAAGUGUUUUGUCCGGAUGGACAAGAAUUUGAUCCUGAGUUAAGGGUGUGCGUAGAAAUCGGUCCUGGUGGGUGUACACUCAGUCAGACAACAACUACUGAGCAACCCGACUCUACAGAUUACUCGACCCCUGGCGAUACAGAUCCCACCACUCGCACCACAGAGGAACUCCAAACAUCCACACAGACGAGGACAACUGGAGACGAUGUGUCAACGACCUCAACGGAUGACGUCGUCACCGAGGAGACGACGGCAGGCACUACUGAUGUAGAUCUAAUAGAAAGUACCACCAGCAGCGGCCCUACGUAUACAACUAGUGACACUGCUAUCACCGACGUACCAACGACGAGUCCACAGCCCACCGCUACUACCGACGACGCGAGCGCCACGACCGAGUCUAUACUAACGACGACUCCAUCCAUCUGUCCGCCGGGCACUUUCGGCAAUGUCCCCCAUCCGGAACUGUGCAACUCGUACUACCUCUGCACUGGGGGUAUUCCGAUACAAGUGUUUUGUCCGGAUGGACAAGAAUUUGAUCCUGAGUUAAGGGACAUACAGAUCCUCUACCACGAGCAUUGCAGCACCACACAACCACCUCGAGCGAAACUCCAAAAUCAUCCACACAGACGAGGACCAAUCAUUUGUCCGAGACCAGAUUACAUUUAUUGUGUCAUCCACUUUGACUCGUUCUAUAUUUGCAUAGACGGAGUGUCCACUCAAGAGUUCUGCCCAGAUGGCUAUGAGUAUGACUUCGACCGAUGGUCCACAGGUCCGACCGCUACUACCGACGACGCGAGCGCCACGACCGAGUCUAUACUAACGACGACUCCAUCCAUCUGUCCGCCGGGCACUUUCGGCAAUGUCCCCCAUCCGGAACUGUGCAACUCGUACUACCUGUGCACGGGGGGUAUUCCGAUACAAGUGUUUUGUCCGGAUGGACAAGAAUUUGAUCCUGAGUUAAGGGUGUGCGUAGAAAUCGGUCCUGGUGGGUGUACACUCAGUCAGACAACAACUACUGAGCAACCCGACUCUACAGAUUACUCGACCCCUGGCGAUACAGAUCCCACCACUCGCACCACAGAGGAACUCCAAACAUCCACACAGACGAGGACAACUGGAGACGAUGUGUCAACGACCUCAACGGAUGACGUCGUCACCGAGGAGACGACGGCAGGCACUACUGAUGUAGAUCUAAUAGAAAGUACCACCAGCAGCGGCCCUACGUAUACAACUAGUGACACUGCUAUCACCGACGUACCAACGACGAGUCCACAGCCCACCGCUACUACCGACGACGCGAGCGCCACGACCGAGUCUAUACUAACGACGACUCCAUCCAUCUGUCCGCCGGGCACUUUCGGCAAUGUCCCCCAUCCGGAACUGUGCAACUCGUACUACCUGUGCACGGGGGGUAUUCCGAUACAAGUGUUUUGUCCGGAUGGACAAGAAUUUGAUCCUGAGUUAAGGGUGUGCGUAGAAAUCGGUCCUGGUGGGUGUACACUCAGUCAGACAACAACUACUGAGCAACCCGACUCUACAGAUUACUCGACCCCUGGCGAUACAGAUCCCACCACUCGCACCACAGAGGAACUCCAAACAUCCACACAGACGAGGACAACUGGAGACGAUGUGUCAACGACCUCAACGGAUGACGUCGUCACCGAGGAGACGACGGCAGGCACUACUGAUGUAGAUCUAAUAGAAAGUACCACCAGCAGCGGCCCUACGUAUACAACUAGUGACACUGCUAUCACCGACGUACCAACGACGAGUCCACAGCCCACCGCUACUACCGACGACGCGAGCGCCACGACCGAGUCUAUACUAACGACGACUCCAUCCAUCUGUCCGCCGGGCACUUUCGGCAAUGUCCCCCAUCCGGAACUGUGCAACUCGUACUACCUGUGCACGGGGGGUAUUCCGAUACAAGUGUUUUGUCCGGAUGGACAAGAAUUUGAUCCUGAGUUAAGGGUGUGCGUAGAAAUCGGUCCUGGUGGGUGUACACUCAGUCAGACAACAACUACUGAGCAACCCGACUCUACAGAUUACUCGACCCCUGGCGAUACAGAUCCCACCACUCGCACCACAGAGGAAAUCCAAACAUCCACACAGACGAGGACAACUGGAGACGAUGUGUCAACGACCUCAACGGAUGACGUCGUCACCGAGGAGACGACGGCAGGCACUACUGAUGUAGAUCUAAUAGAAAGUACCACCAGCAGCGGCCCUACGUAUACAACUAGUGACACUGCUAUCACCGACGUACCAACGACGAGUCCACAGCCCACCGCUACUACCGACGACGCGAGCGCCACGACCGAGUCUAUACUAACGACGACUCCAUCCAUCUGUCCGCCGGGCACUUUCGGCAAUGUCCCCCAUCCGGAACUGUGCAACUCGUACUACCUCUGCACUGGGGGUAUUCCGAUACAAGUGUUUUGUCCGGAUGGACAAGAAUUUGAUCCUGAGUUAAGGCAUAAUGGCUUACGAGAUUCCUCGGAGACGACGGCAGGCACUACUGAUGUAGAUCUAAUAGAAAGUACCACCAGCAGCGGCCCUACGUAUACAACUAGUGACACUGCUAUCACCGACGUACCAACGACGAGUCCACAGCCCACCGCUAUUACCGACGACGCGAGCGCCACGACCGAGUCUAUACUAACGACGACUCCAUCCAUCUGUCCGCCGGGCACUUUCGGCAAUGUCCCCCAUCCGGAACUGUGCAACUCGUACUACCUGUGCACGGGGGGUAUUCCGAUACAAGUGUUUUGUCCGGAUGGACAAGAAUUUGAUCCUGAGUUAAGGGUGUGCGUAGAAAUCGGUCCUGGUGGGUGUACACUCAGUCAGACAACAACUACUGAGCAACCCGACUCUACAGAUUACUCGACCCCUGGCGAUACAGAUCCCACCACUCGCACCACAGAGGAAAUCCAAACAUCCACACAGACGAGGACAACUGGAGACGAUGUGUCAACGACCUCAACGGAUGACGUCGUCACCGAGGAGACGACGGCAGGCACUACUGAUGUAGAUCUAAUAGAAAGUACCACCAGCAGCGGCCCUACGUAUACAACUAGUGACACUGCUAUCACCGACGUACCAACGACGAGUCCACAGCCCACCGCUACUACCGACGACGCGAGCGCCACGACCGAGUCUAUACUAACGACGACUCCAUCCAUCUGUCCGCCGGGCACUUUCGGCAAUGUCCCCCAUCCGGAACUGUGCAACUCGUACUACCUGUGCACGGGGGGUAUUCCGAUACAAGUGUUUUGUCCGGAUGGACAAGAAUUUGAUCCUGAGUUAAGGGUGUGCGUAGAAAUCGGUCCUGGUGGGUGUACACUCAGUCAGACAACAACUACUGAGCAACCCGACUCUACAGAUUACUCGACCCCUGGCGAUACAGAUCCCACCACUCGCACCACAGAGGAAAUCCAAACAUCCACACAGACGAGGACAACUGGAGACGAUGUGUCAACGACCUCACCGGAUGACGUCGUCACCGAGGAGACGACGAUAGGCACUACUGAUGUAGAUCCAAUAGAAAGUACCACCAGCAGCGGCCCUACGUAUACAACUAGUGACACUGCUAUCACCGACGUACCAACGACGAGUCCACAGCCCACCGCUACUACCGACGACGCGAGCGCCACGACCGAGUCUAUACUAACGACGACUCCAUCCAUCUGUCCGCCGGGCACUUUCGGCAAUGUCCCCCAUCCGGAACUGUGCAACUCGUACUACCUGUGCACGGGGGGUAUUCCGAUACAAGUGUUUUGUCCGGAUGGACAAGAAUUUGAUCCUGAGUUAAGGGUGUGCGUAGAAAUCGGUCCUGGUGGGUGUACACUCAGUCAGACAACAACUACUGAGCAACCCGACUCUACAGAUUACUCGACCCCUGGCGAUACAGAUCCCACCACUCGCACCACAGAGGAAAUCCAAACAUCCACACAGACGAGGACAACUGGAGACGAUGUGUCAACGACCUCAACGGAUGACGUCGUCACCGAGGAGACGACGGCAGGCACUACUGAUGUAGAUCUAAUAGAAAGUACCACCAGCAGCGGCCCUACGUAUACAACUAGUGACACUGCUAUCACCGACGUACCAACGACGAGUCCACAGCCCACCGCUACUACCGACGACGCGAGCGCCACGACCGAGUCUAUACUAACGACGACUCCAUCCAUCUGUCCGCCGGGCACUUUCGGCAAUGUCCCCCAUCCGGAACUGUGCAACUCGUACUACCUGUGCACGGGGGGUAUUCCGAUACAAGUGUUUUGUCCGGAUGGACAAGAAUUUGAUCCUGAGUUAAGGGUGUGCGUAGAAAUCGGUCCUGGUGGCUGUACACUCAGUCAGACAACAACUACCGAGCAACCCGACUCUACAGAUUACUCGACCCCUGGCGAUACAGAUCCCACCACUCGCACCACAGAGGAACUCCAAACAUCCACACAGACGAGGACAACUGGAGACGAUGUGUCAACGACCUCAACGGAUGACGUCGUCACCGAGGAGACGACGGCAGGCACUACUGAUGUAGAUCUAAUAGAAAGUACCACCAGCAGCGGCCCUACGUAUACAACUAGUGACACUGCUAUCACCGACGUACCAACGACGAGUCCACAGCCCACCGCUACUACCGACGACGCGAGCGCCACGACCGAGUCUAUACUAACGACGACUCCAUCCAUCUGUCCGCCGGGCACUUUCGGCAAUGUCCCCCAUCCGGAACUGUGCAACUCGUACUACCUCUGCACUGGGGGUAUUCCGAUACAAGUGUUUUGUCCGGAUGGACAAGAAUUUGAUCCUGAGUUAAGGGUGUGCGUAGAAAUCGGUCCUGGUGGGUGUACACUCAGUCAGACAACAACUACUGAGCAACCCGACUCUACAGAUUACUCGACCCCUGGCGAUACAGAUCCCACCACUCGCACCACAGAGGAAAUCCAAACAUCCACACAGACGAGGACAACUGGAGACGAUGUGUCAACGACCUCAACGGAUGACGUCGUCACCGAGGAGACGACGGCAGGCACUACUGAUGUAGAUCUAAUAGAAAGUACCACCAGCAGCGGCCCUACGUAUACAACUAGUGACACUGCUAUCACCGACGUACCAACGACGAGUCCACAGCCCACCGCUACUACCGACGACGCGAGCGCCACGACCGAGUCUAUACUAACGACGACUCCAUCCAUCUGUCCGCCGGGCACUUUCGGCAAUGUCCCCCAUCCGGAACUGUGCAACUCGUACUACCUGUGCACGGGGGGUAUUCCGAUACAAGUGUUUUGUCCGGAUGGACAAGAAUUUGAUCCUGAGUUAAGGGUGUGCGUAGAAAUCGGUCCUGGUGGGUGUACACUCAGUCAGACAACAACUACUGAGCAACCCGACUCUACAGAUUACUCGACCCCUGGCGAUACAGAUCCCACCACUCGCACCACAGAGGAAAUCCAAACAUCCACACAGACGAGGACAACUGGAGACGAUGUGUCAACGACCUCAACGGAUGACGUCGUCACCGAGGAGACGACGGCAGGCACUACUGAUGUAGAUCUAAUAGAAAGUACCACCAGCAGCGGCCCUACGUAUACAACUAGUGACACUGCUAUCACCGACGUACCAACGACGAGUCCACAGCCCACCGCUACUACCGACGACGCGAGCGCCACGACCGAGUCUAUACUAACGACGACUCCAUCCAUCUGUCCGCCGGGCACUUUCGGCAAUGUCCCCCAUCCGGAACUGUGCAACUCGUACUACCUGUGCACGGGGGGUAUUCCGAUACAAGUGUUUUGUCCGGAUGGACAAGAAUUUGAUCCUGAGUUAAGGGUGUGCGUAGAAAUCGGUCCUGGUGGGUGUACACUCAGUCAGACAACAACUACUGAGCAACCCGACUCUACAGAUUACUCGACCCCUGGCGAUACAGAUCCCACCACUCGCACCACAGAGGAAAUCCAAACAUCCACACAGACGAGGACAACUGGAGACGAUGUGUCAACGACCUCAACGGAUGACGUCGUCACCGAGGAGACGACGGCAGGCACUACUGAUGUAGAUCUAAUAGAAAGUACCACCAGCAGCGGCCCUACGUAUACAACUAGUGACACUGCUAUCACCGACGUACCAACGACGAGUCCACAGCCCACCGCUACUACCGACGACGCGAGCGCCACGACCGAGUCUAUACUAACGACGACUCCAUCCAUCUGUCCGCCGGGCACUUUCGGCAAUGUCCCCCAUCCGGAACUGUGCAACUCGUACUACCUGUGCACGGGGGGUAUUCCGAUACAAGUGUUUUGUCCGGAUGGACAAGAAUUUGAUCCUGAGUUAAGGGUGUGCGUAGAAAUCGGUCCUGGUGGGUGUACACUCAGUCAGACAACAACUACUGAGCAACCCGACUCUACAGAUUACUCGACCCCUGGCGAUACAGAUCCCACCACUCGCACCACAGAGGAAAUCCAAACAUCCACACAGACGAGGACAACUGGAGACGAUGUGUCAACGACCUCAACGGAUGACGUCGUCACCGAGGAGACGACGGCAGGCACUACUGAUGUAGAUCUAAUAGAAAGUACCACCAGCAGCGGCCCUACGUAUACAACUAGUGACACUGCUAUCACCGACGUACCAACGACGAGUCCACAGCCCACCGCUACUACCGACGACGCGAGCGCCACGACCGAGUCUAUACUAACGACGACUCCAUCCAUCUGUCCGCCGGGCACUUUCGGCAAUGUCCCCCAUCCGGAACUGUGCAACUCGUACUACCUGUGCACGGGGGGUAUUCCGAUACAAGUGUUUUGUCCGGAUGGACAAGAAUUUGAUCCUGAGUUAAGGGUGUGCGUAGAAAUCGGUCCUGGUGGGUGUACACUCAGUCAGACAACAACUACUGAGCAACCCGACUCUACAGAUUACUCGACCCCUGGCGAUACAGAUCCCACCACUCGCACCACAGAGGAAAUCCAAACAUCCACACAGACGAGGACAACUGGAGACGAUGUGUCAACGACCUCAACGGAUGACGUCGUCACCGAGGAGACGACGGCAGGCACUACUGAUGUAGAUCUAAUAGAAAGUACCACCAGCAGCGGCCCUACGUAUACAACUAGUGACACUGCUAUCACCGACGUACCAACGACGAGUCCACAGCCCACCGCUACUACCGACGACGCGAGCGCCACGACCGAGUCUAUACUAACGACGACUCCAUCCAUCUGUCCGCCGGGCACUUUCGGCAAUGUCCCCCAUCCGGAACUGUGCAACUCGUACUACCUGUGCACGGGGGGUAUUCCGAUACAAGUGUUUUGUCCGGAUGGACAAGAAUUUGAUCCUGAGUUAAGGGUGUGCGUAGAAAUCGGUCCUGGUGGGUGUACACUCAGUCAGACAACAACUACUGAGCAACCCGACUCUACAGAUAACUCGACCCCUGGCGAUACAGAUCCCACCACUCGCACCACAGAGGAACUCCAAACAUCCACACAGACGAGGACAACUGGAGACGAUGUGUCAACGACCUCAACGGAUGACGUCGUCACCGAGGAGACGACGGCAGGCACUACUGAUGUAGAUCUAAUAGAAAGUACCACCAGCAGCGGUCCUACGUAUACAACUAGUGACACUGCUAUCACCGACGUACCAACGACGAGUCCACAGCCCACCGCUACUACCGACGACGCGAGCGCCACGACCGAGUCUAUACUAACGACGACUCCAUCCAUCUGUCCGCCGGGCACUUUCGGCAAUGUCCCCCAUCCGGAACUGUGCAACUCGUACUACCUCUGCACUGGGGGUAUUCCGAUACAAGUGUUUUGUCCGGAUGGACAAGAAUUUGAUCCUGAGUUAAGGGUGUGCAUAGAAAUUGAUACAGGAGGAUGUACAAUCCAUCAGAGAACAAGUGUCAAUCUCCCAGCUGAGAGUGAUCAACCGACUCAGUUGGAGUGCCAAUCGAACAUGUCGUGGCGUGUUAAGCACCCGGAACUGUGCAACUCGUACAACCUGUGCACAGGAGGUGUCCUGAUACAGCUGUUCUGUCCGGAUGGAUAUAAAUAUGAUGACGAUUCUCAGGUAAACUCUAUACAGCUGCACACAGAGUAA